UCUUCCCGAGGGAGUGCUCGGAAAGUCUCCCAUCCGGUUGAGUUCCUUCACGCUCCGUUGUCUCUGUGAAUCGGAGACUUACUGGUUUUUUAUAUUCUCAACAGCCGUUGCAGAGUUAUCGGCCAUGAUUUCCCAGUUCUUCGUGCUCUCGCAGAGAGGCGACAAUAUCGUAUUCCGAGAUUAUCGUGGCGAAGUUCCGAAAGGAAGUGCUGAGAUCUUUUUCCGGAAAGUGAAAUUCUGGAAGGAAGAUGGAGAAGGAGAUGCGCCACCUGUCUUUAAUUUGGAUGGUGUAAACUACUUUCACGUGAAGGUUGUAGGACUGUUAUUUGUUGCUACAACAAGAAUUAAUGCAUCACCUUCUCUUGUUCUUGAACUUCUUCAAAGAAUUGCACGUGUCAUCAAAGAUUACCUUGGGGUUCUCAAUGAAGAUUCCCUCAGGAGAAAUUUUGUUCUUGUGUACGAGUUGCUAGAUGAAGUUAUUGAUUUUGGUUAUGUACAAACAACUUCAACUGAGGUUUUGAAGUCAUAUGUAUUUAAUGAGCCAAUUGUGGUUGAUGCUGCACGCUUGCCUCCCCUUGGUCCUGCUUCCAUUUUUGUGCAAGGGAGCAAACGGAUGCCAGGUACAGCUGUUACUAAGUCUGUGGUUGCAAAUGAGCCUGGAGGUAGAAAAAGAGAGGAAAUUUUUGUUGACAUAAUCGAGAAGAUUAGUGUCACAUUCAGCUCAAGUGGGUAUAUACUUACUUCAGAGAUUGAUGGUACCAUUCAAAUGAAGAGCUAUCUAACGGGUAACCCAGAAAUUCGGCUUGCUCUUAAUGAGGACUUGAGCAUUGGAAGAGGUGGAAGGUCAAUCUAUGAUUAUAGCAGUUCAUCUGGUGGAGGGACAGUGAUCCUUGAUGAUUGUAAUUUUCACGAAUCUGUGCAUCUUGAUAAUUUUGACACUGACAGAACUUUGGUCUUGGUACCACCAGAAGGUGAAUUUCCUGUCAUGAAUUAUCGAAUGACUCAAGAAUUCAAGCCUCCCUUUCGUAUUAAUGCCUUAAUUGAAGAAGCAGGGUCCCUUAAGGCUGAAGUAAUUCUCAAAGUUCGUGCUGAAUUUGCCUCCAGCAUCACAGCAAACACAAUUAUGAUUCAGAUGCCCCUUCCAACUUUCACAACAAGGGUCAGUUUUGAAUUGGAACCUGGAGCAGUUGGAAAUACAACUGAUUUUAAAGAGGCGAACAAGAGACUAGAAUGGGGUUUGAAGAAGAUUGUUGGUGGAUCUGAACAUACUUUACGUGCGAGGCUCACAUUUUCACAAGAAUCACAUGGAAACAUCGUGAAAGAAGCUGGACCUGUUAGUAUGACAUUCACUAUUCCAAUGUACAACGCUUCAAGGCUCCAGGUUAAGUACUUGCAGAUUGCAAAGAAGUCUAAAACCUAUAAUCCAUAUAGGUGGGUAAGAUAUGUGACACAAGCAAAUUCAUAUGUUGCUCGGUUGUGAAUGUAGCCUUCCUCGAUCUAGUUUCUCUCUUUUAUUAUUUUGAGCUGCUCUAUCAGUAAGCAAAAUAAACACUUGUGGGUUGUGGUUUAUCUGAGGCUGUGUUUGGUGCAUGAUAUGGAGUUAUUUUUAUCUUGUGGAGUUUCGAGUGUUGCUUAUUCAUCCUUCAAGUGCACCUCUCAUAAUAGCUGUGGUCUACAGUGUUCAUAGUGUGGAAUGCUUUAAAGUUAUCAAAAUUGUCAAAAACGGCAUUGUAAACUAGUAAUUAGGAAACUACGGCAUAUGGGCUAAUAGACAUAUUCAGUCAGAGUGGUGGUCUACAUUCUAGUAGGUCAGGUCGGUGCUUUGAAAUUUAAUUUCAUGUAUUUAAUUUGAACCUUUGAACUUAAUGAUGAUUAGGUAUUAGGAUA